ACUAACCGAGAGUUCCAAAGUCUGAGACAUGGUUUCGGCGAUCAAAAUGGCGCUCUCGAUAAUACAGACGUCCAGUAUCAUACUACUGUUCGUAUGUAUUCUUCUUAAAGGCUGCAAAUCACAGAUCCAAUGCGCACAGACGGGAAGGUGCACAUGUACAUUUAACGAUCAACAGAAAACCAAAGUUAAUUUUGGUGUGAUUGGAUUAAGGAAUGGAAAACCAAAGUUUGACUUCGACUCCUAUGGACAGAAAGGAGCGUUCAACUAUGCUUUCAACCCAUGUUAUCCUUUCUCGGCGGGGACUUGCAAAGAUGUCGUCUCGUGUCAAAAUGAGGCGGAGGGACCUAAACACUGGGACCUCGGAAACCCCGACCCGGUGAGCUGGGAAACGCUUCCUCAAGGGACUAUUCGAGUUACCUACACUGCUACCCAGGAAGAAGAUGAAAGAACAAGUGUGGUUAGUUACGUAUGCGAUCAAACUGCUAUCAAUGAACCUACAUUUGCAGUAAUUUCAGAAGCACCAACAAGGACUUACAAUAUGGAGGUAAGAACAUGCGCUGCCUGCAGCCCUGCCGUUCAAGGAUGCCCUACAGAAGUUCCAUCCGCGCCAUCAAGUGGGCUAACAGGAGGAGGGAUUGUUUGUAUCAUAUUUACAGUUCUUGUAGUGGUGUAUAUCGCUGGUGGAAUCCUAUUCCAGGUGUUCGCAAAGGGAGCAUCGGGGAAAGAGAUUAUCCCUAACGUCAAUUUUUGGUCGGACUUUCCUGGCCUUGUUAAGGAUGGGUUUCUCUUCAUGAUAUCUCCGUGUAGACGAGGAGGAUAUUCUGAUAUGUAGAAAAUAAUAGUAGACCUUACACAAGGCUUGGCUCUGGUUGUGCAUAUCGAGGAAUUUAUUGUUCAUCGACAGAUCGAUUACGAAGUUUAAUAACGACCGUGGCAUAGAAAGUUCUGUUAAAAAAAAUUAUUUGAGGAUUGUAAUAAUAAAUUACAAAAAGCCAACGGAAAAAAUAAUAUGGAUUGAGAGAGAGAGAGAGAGAGGUAGAGAUUUGGGGUGGGGUGGGGGAAUGGAGCGAGGAGGAGGGGGUGAACCUGUUGAUCAAACGAUAUAAAUAUAGCUUGGAUAGAUAGAUAGGUGGAUAGAUAAGCAGGUAGGUUGAUAGAUAGACAGAUAAAUAAGUGGAUUGAUAUAUUCUUAUAGCCACACUUAAACAUGGAAAAGGUUUCCUUAUUUAUUUUCAAAUGUAAAUCGAAUUUGGAGUGACACCUUUUUUAAACUUAAAUAUGUUGGUAUAUUAAAUAAACACUUUAGUAUAAUAUCGUCGGGGACGUGCGAGUAAAUUUUUAACAAAUUGGAAAAAAAGGUUAAAAUAUACACUCCGGCGAUUUUUGGAAUUCUCAACUUUCAAAACUGCAGCAUGAUACAACAUACGAGUCAAAAUAUUUAAAAUUUCACACCCCCCCCCCAAAAAAAAAGCAGUAUACGUAAGAUUAUUAUACAAGUUUGAUUUUGCUGUGUUUGUUGGAGAAAAGGAAUAUGCCUAAAGAGUUUGUCAAAAAUACAAUGCCUACAAAUUUUGCAAACCCCACUUUGUAAUUCAUUACUCUCAAAGCUUUAGUAUACGUAUCAAACUAGCCAUGACUUCUGAAUACACUUCAAAUCAACAUACUUAUGUUAGAUUAGAUUUAUGUCUAAUUUUGUUUUGUUUAUGUUACUAGUUUAUUUUCUAUCCGUUUUCUAUUUCAAUUAUUAUUCAUGUGUACAAUUCAUUUACUUGAAGCGCUAUGAGCGCCGAAAGGUGGGCCUGUGUAUUAUGUGGCCAUUGCUAUUAUUAUUAUUAUUAUCAUUAUUAUUAUC